AUGGUGUCUUGCAUGAUCGGCCCAGCACAUGAUGAUAGUAUUAACCUAUUGAAUCAACAGUCUAGAAACGGGAAGGAUUCAGCUUUCUGCAACGUAUAUCCCCAGAGGUUCGUCGAAGAUUAUGCGCUUUGUGAACAUUGCGCCAAGGACAGUCUCGAGCCGACACCACAGCCACACCCUGACGGAAAGGUCGUCUUCGGCCCUUUGACAGGCAUGAUGGCUGAUCUGCCUAGAGGAGCGAAAGACAGCCAAUAUUACCCAUUUCCAUCUUUUGUAAGACACGAGUUCAGAACUAAUAGUUCAAGCACAUUACCAUUAUCUCCGGUCGGAACAUUUCAUCCAUCUUCUGAGAACCUGAUCUCGCCGGACACUCCUGUUACUCCUAGAUCUCCCUUCAAAGAAGUGAAAGAAGUCAAAAGUCAGCAUGUAGUACCCAAGCAGAAGACCAGCACUAUCAGAGUCUGGUGGUACGAACUGUUUUGUGGCAUCCUUGUCGUCUUGUCAUUCGUCGCUCUUGUCAUCACAGGCUUCUUGUUCGAUGGAAAGACACUACCGGACUGGCCUCUGGGACUGUCCAUCAACGCCUUGGUCGCCGUAUUCUCUGCUAUAAUCAAAGCUUCGGUUGGUCUCGUCAUAGGCGAAAGUCUGGGCCAUCUCAAGUGGACCGUGCUGGCGACACCUCAGCGCCUCUCUACAUUCGACAUAUAUGAUGAUGCCUCUCGAGGCCCCUGGGGCUCUGCUCGCUUUUUGCAGCACUUUGGCUGGAAAAUAAAGCACUUGGUUCCAUCAAUUGGAGCUGUCAUAACGAUUCUGCUGCUUAUCAUCGACCCGUUCACCCAGCAGAUCGUGCAAGUUCGAGGUUGUGACAAGAGCACGAAUCGCGUUGCGACCCUACCACGGACACUGGUUUAUCAAGGCGAUAGCGCCUCUCUGGACCCCAGGGUGAAGCCUGUUGAUGUUCGGAUCGCUCUGUACCAGGGUCUCUUCGCGGAGUCAAAGCCUAAUGCACAGUAUAAUUGUCCCACGGGCAACUGCACAUUCCCAGAAAGCUCUUCUGUUGCAUUGUGCAUUUUCUGUAGCGAUGUCUCAGAUCGCAUAGUCCCUAUCAUCAAUGCCAAAAAUGAUACUAAUGGCGAGACCGACUGGCUCCAAUGGACGUAUACAGAAAACACGACCUUUGUGUUGCCAGGUGAUUGGACUAAUCUGACAGUCACCAUCACAAAUGAAGCUAGAAAAUACAAUAGAGGUGAAGGCAGUCAGAAUCUCGAAAGAGGUCCCGUUGAGUCCCCGACGGACUUCGCCAUGGAUCUAGAUGCGGAAAGCAUACCAGCUGUUGCUUAUGAGGACCGCGAUCCACGAUGGUACAACAGAACUGGACCAAGCCUAUGGAACAUAUCGAUGAUUCGCUUAUUCGAACCGAACUUUCUUCCAAUCGACGACGACACCACGGUCCACACCUCCAAAGACUAUUAUGCAAAGGCACAUACAUGCUCAAUCUUGCCCUGUGUCCGCACAUACUAUGCUAAAGUCGAUGGUCAACGCUUCUCAGAAACAGUAUCAGAACCCCAAAUCAUGAAUAUAAACGAUAUUCCAGUGAAUAGCUACGACGACUUCGUUCUCGCAGACCUCGACUGUAUCCAAGGCGAUGAUAGACAAGCGCGCCUCACCAUGCUCCAGCGUCUUGGGUAUCCUGUUUCUUCAACCGGACGCUGGCUCGCUUACAAUGUGACUUUCGACUCAUCAGACUAUAUAGGUGUACCAAGUCUUGGUGUACCGGCAGGCGGCUGGAUAUCGCGCAAUUUCAGCUCCAUCCCUAGUGGUGCUGAUGACCUAUUCGAGCCCGUCAUCGGCGAUGAUCGUACUGGAUGGACAGACCCAUCUUCGAGAUAUAAGCUGACCGAAAGUGCAAUCUCCGUUGUACCUCGUCAAUGUAUUUAUCUCAUGGCACCCUCGGUAAUGCUGAACAUCCUAAUGGAACUGCAAAAUGAACUGUCAGGGACGUUACGGUCCGUAAGCUCAGGCUCAGGCUUAGGCCCAUCGUCACUUACAGCCGUGUAUAACGCAGGCAGCGGGAAUGGUACACUAGAAGAUGUCCAAGGACUAUUCAAUAACGUAUCAGAUGCGCUCUCACUCGUCAUUCGUGCGAAUGGUAAUGCAUCGUUCAACGAUCCGACUUUUGGCAUAGCCACAGAGCGCGCGACAUGCAUUGCCAUCCAAUGGCCGUGGAUUACGUACUUUGCAGCACUGCUGGGUCUAUUUGCUAUAUACACCGCUGGCUUCCUCAUUCAGAGCCGUGUGGCACAAGGUCGACUGCUGCAAUCAUGGGAGAAGGGUAGUGAUCGUGAGGGUAACAGCAUAUCGUUCCAUGACUUCAAAGCUUCUGAAUUGCCUGUAUUAUUUCACGGUCUCGAUCAUGGGGUGCUUCAAGAAUUGGACGCUAGAGGCGUGCAGACGAAUCGCGUUGGGGUGUUAGAGAAAGUAGCAGGGGGCAUUAUGGUUAGGUUAGUACCAAGGAAAGAUGGGUGGAAGAUUGCAAGAGCAGAUAAUAACCAUGGAGAUGAGAUGGAACUGCGUUCAGGGGAAACCUGGAGCAGUGGAAGUAAUACUAUAACUGACGGAAGGAGUGGUCGACUGCACUACAGAACGAAAAGCAAAAGCGAAGCUGAUGUGAAUUUAGCAUUGGAGAGUCUCACUGUCACAACUCUUUCUUCAAAGUUCACCACUCGGACCUGUGGACUGGUAUAUGUGUCACAUAACGGGUCAUCGAAUCUGUUAUUCCACAGUAACGCGCAAGUAGUUGUCCAGGGAGUUGCUGGUGAUUUGAAUGUCGUUCCAGGAGUCAGUCCGCCCGAACUAGUUGAAUUGAUAUCUAAGAAGUUCUCCGAAUGGGUUUCCAAAGGGGUUUCCAAAGGAGCUGCGAAGGCAUGA